AAACGCAUUUAUUUUAGAUUAACAGCAAGUCCAUAGAUACAACAGCCAUUAAACAUCAAUGAAAAGACUUUCAUUAAUAAACUGAUUUAUUUACCAUGGCAUAAGUGUCCUGUUCAAUCUAAAUUAAAUAUCUAUUUGGGAUCCUCAGCCUGCAGUGUUACCAAAGGCAUCUUCACAUUCGAACACUGCAAAAAAAGCAUUUCUAGUUCAGAUUUGCAAGAUGCAAUCUGAUAAAUAAUCAAUCCAUAUAAAAAGGACUUUGGUUACUGCUAGAUAACUAAUUAUACAGGCACAGCCUUUGUGCAUGUCUAUAGGAGAUAUUCUUUGUUAUUCUCUUUCUUCUGAACUUUGAUGCUCUUUAAAAAUAAAUCUAAUUACCUAGUGGUUAUUUACACUGCAUUUAUUUCUUCCAUCCAGAAUUCUUUUCAAAUUUAAAACCUGAAGGUCACUCUCAUUUCAGAGCAGUUUAUUAUUCAUGGAUAUUGCAAAAUUUCCAGGGAGAAAAAUUGCUUUAUUUGAAAAUUGGAAUGCAAGAAAAGAAUUGUCAAACUGCCUGCACCGGGACUGAUCCUGCAAAACGUUAUAGCAGCUCUUUUGCUAAAUAAAAACUGCAGGAUUAGGCCCAAUAUUUUUCUGUAUUAAUAACAGCAAUGUAAAAACUAUUAUUUAAAAAUCCACGUGUGUGUGUGUGACAUGCAUAUUCAUGAAUAGAUGACAGGAUAUCUGUCUUUUUUCCUAAGGGUUUUCCCCCAUGAUUUUUAUGUGCCUUAUCUGGUGAAUUUGCACAAGUAAAAUUCCCCCCAUGGACAAGACUUAGUGAUGCACUUUGUGUCCCUGUGUUUUGUUUCUAGAGGACAGAUGUUACACAGCUGCAGACCUCCUUCACCUAACGAAACAAUCUAGAGUAGCUUAUAUUUGUUACGUUGCUGACUUUUUCUUUCCAGGAGGUAUUUUUUACAGCAGGUUUAAAAGGUUUUUUCCUCUAUUGUAAUAAUCCAGUUAGAUGCACAGAUGACCUUAGAAAGAACAACCAGGUUUUGCUACUCGGGUGUCCCCAAACAAGUUGUUUGAGGCCAGGACCUCGCUGCCACAUUUAGUUUCAGGUGUUUUGAAGAAAGAUGAGAUAAUCUGGGGAUUUGCCUUCUGUAGGAGAUACUUAAUUUGGCUCUUGUGGGUUAGAAGUCUCCAUGCUGAACUGCAGCUGUGGAGGGACAGGCAGAACUUAAGGUUUUGGAGGGCAGCAGAGGAGUGGGUUCAUCCUGCUGUUUGGUGGGGUUUGUUUGUAUAUUUUUGUGUGGUUUAUUGAUUUCUUUUGGGUUUGUGUGUGUUGUUUUGUGGUUUUUUCUUUCCCCCCUUGCUGAUGGUGGAGGAGCAAACAGCAUCGCUGAAGAGUAAAGUGAGAGCAGGGGAAGGAAACGCUCUGGCGACCGAGCGCAGAUGCCUCGUAAAACCCGCUGCUGCCGGGGCUCAACAAAGCACAGCCGAGGGGAUGGUGGCCAACAACGCACCGUCAAUUAAAGGAUGUGAAGUUCACACCACAGCAAAUGUGAAGUCAGCAGUACGCACCCACAAGGUGGAAACUUCAAGCGAAACAGCGAGGAAUGGAGGUCAUUCAAAAUUAGCAGGGAAAACACAAAUCCAAGCGAUUUCCAACAUGCUUUUUCGGACUACUGAAAUACUGGAAGCGACUUAUGGACAAGAGGGCCAUAAGUCCUAAAUACCAGGGACAGGAUUUAGGGUGCUCAAGCACACUGUCAUCAGUCCUUUUGCCUUCAUCAAGAGUGUUUGUUUGUCUUGAAAGCUGCUGCAUCUCCUACAGCAUCAUCCGACGAUGCCAGGCGAUGGGAAAGGCUGGAGCCAGGGCAGCCCAUCCCUGCCCAGGGAGCAGCGCGAAGCCAAAAAGACACCUACGCAAGACCUGAAAGAACACAGAGCUCCACAAGAUGCCGAAGCGCACAAAGCAUGGGAUACUCCGGAUGCAGGUUACACCACACUGUGCUGGGGGCUGGAGAGCCAGUUGCUGUGUUGGGGAUGAGAAGGUAGAGGAGAUGGAGGUGGACGGGAACAUCGAUGAAGACAUGGAGGUGGAUCAGCAAGUGGAGAUUGACGAAGACAUGGAAGUGGAUGAGGAAGUAGAUGAAGAAAUGGAAGUGGAUGGCGAGGUGUUAGAGGAAAUGGAGGUGGACGGAUAGAUUACAUGUUGAUGAUAGGCUCGGUGCAGUGGGGUAGGGUAGACGUUAGAAGAAAGAGUUUUGUAGUUUGUGUGUUUUUAUGUAGUGUAUUUAUUUGUAGUGUGUAUUUAUUAAUAUUGUAGUGUGUAUUCAUGUUGUAUGUGUUAAGUACUGUGUUGAUUGUAUAUCGUCUGUUGAAUUUCGGAUUUUUUCUCUAAAUAGGUUUAUUUUUGUAUUUUUUUUCUGUAAAUAUAUUUAUUCGUGU